GAGCCUUGUGUUGUUAGCACACAUCAUUUUUUAUAGUGACAAGACAGAAUUUUUUUUCCAGCAGUAACAGUCAUGAACUGGAACAAAGGUGGUCCAGGGGCCAAGCGAGGGUUCGGUUUCGGAGGGUUCAGUCUGGCAACAAGCAAGAAAGAGGAGCCUCGUCUGUCGCAGCCGUCACAUUCAUCGUUUGGGGCAACCGGGUCAGGUUACAGCAAGACCCAGCAACUGCCCUCUUUCUAUAAGAUAGGCACAAAACGGGCCAACUUCGAUGAAGAGAAUGCGUAUUUUGAAGAUGAUGAAGAGGAGUCUAGCAGUGUGGACCUGCCCUACAUCCCUGCAGAGAAUUCUCCGACCCGACAACAGUUCCAGUCCCAGGGCGGGGACUCUGACAGCGAGGAAGACCCGCUGGACGCCUUUAUGGCUGAGGUGGAGGACCAAGCAAAUAAAGACUUGAGGAAGCUGGAAGACAAGGAGAAAGAGAAGAAACCUGAUAAGGGUAUACGUGAUGACAUUGAAGAGGAAGAUGACCAAGAGGCCUACUUCCGUUACAUGGCAGAGAACCCCACAGCCGGGCUGACCCCGGAUGAGGAGGAAGACAACGUGGAGUACGACAGUGACGGGAACCCCAUCGCCCCAGCCGCUAAGAAGAUCAUCAUGCCCCUACCCCCCAUUGACCACUCAGAGAUUGACUACCCCCCAUUUGAGAAGAACUUCUUCAAUGAGCAUGAGGAGCUGAACAGCCUGACCCCCUUGCAGGUGGUGGAGCUGAGACAGAAGCUCAACUUGCGUGUGUCUGGAGCUGCCCCUCCCAAGCCCUGCACCAGCUUUGCCCAUUUUGGCUUCGACGAGCAGCUGAUGCACCAGAUCCGGAAGUCGGAGUACACCCAGCCCACUCCCAUUCAGUGCCAGGGAGUCCCCAUCGCCCUGAGCGGCCGCGAUAUGAUCGGCAUAGCCAAGACAGGCAGUGGCAAGACGGCGGCGUUCAUCUGGCCCAUGCUGGUGCACAUUAUGGACCAGAAGGAGCUGCAGCCGGGAGAAGGGCCCAUUGCUGUCAUUGUGUGCCCCACCAGAGAGCUCUGUCAGCAGAUCCAUGCGGAGUGCAAGCGUUUCGGGAAGGCCUACGCCCUGCGCUCAGUGGCCGUGUACGGAGGGGGCAGCAUGUGGGAGCAGGCCAAGGCCCUUCAGGACGGCGCCGAGAUCGUGGUGUGCACCCCGGGCCGUCUGAUUGACCAUGUGAAGAAGAAGGCCACAUCCCUGCAGAGGGUGACCUACCUGGUGUUCGACGAGGCAGACCGCAUGUUUGACAUGGGUUUUGAGUACCAAGUGAGGUCCAUAGCCAGCCAUGUGCGCCCUGACAGACAGACUCUCCUCUUCAGUGCUACUUUCCGCAAGAAGAUCGAGAGGCUGGCGCGGGACAUCCUGGUGGACCCCAUCCGAGUGGUGCAGGGAGACAUUGGAGAGGCCAACGAGGAUGUGACACAGGUAGUGGAGGUCCUACCCAGCGGGCUGGAGAAGUGGGGCUGGCUGACGCGGCGCCUGGUGGAGUUCACAUCCGCCGGUUCUGUGCUCAUCUUCGUCACCAAGAAGGCCAACUCUGAGGAGCUGGCCACCAACUUGACACAGGAGGGUUACAGCCUGGGCCUGCUGCAUGGAGACAUGGACCAGAGUGAGAGGAACAAGGUCAUCGCUGACUUCAAGAAGAAGAACCUGCCUGUGCUGGUGGCCACCGACGUGGCUGCCCGCGGUCUGGACAUUCCAUCCAUCCGCACGGUGGUCAACUACGAUGUGGCGCGAGACAUUGACACACACACUCACCGUAUCGGGCGUACUGGUCGUGCUGGCGAGAAGGGCGUGGCUUACACACUGCUGACCAACAAAGACACGUCAUUCGCUGGGGACCUGGUGCGCAACCUUGAAGGAGCCAAUCAGAAUGUUCCUAAGGAGCUGAUGGACCUGGCAAUGCAGAACCCCUGGUUCAGGAAAUCCCGCUUCAAGGGAGGCAAAGGGAAGAAGCUGAAUAUCGGUGGCGGUGGUCUGGGCUACAGAGAGAGGCCGGGUCUGGGAGCAGACACCUCGCAGGACCGUGGCGGAGCUGGCAGUGGGAGCAGCGUCCUCAGUAACUAUGAGUCCUACAAACCCUCCACCGGAGCCAUGGGGGACCGGAUGUCAGCCAUGAAGCAGGCCUUCCAGGCUCAGUAUAAGAACCACUUUGUGGCGGCAUCGGGCUUCCCCCCCAAGUUGACCAACACCAACUCCAGCAGCUCGUCCGGAUGGACCAGUGCCGGCAGCCUGAGCUCCGUGCCGUCGGGAGACCCCCAGGAGGCGGACCGUUGCCGAGUGGUCCCGCCCACCGUGGUGGCGGCCCCUCCUCUGGCGCAGAGCACGGGGACCAGGAUGGCGGGCUUUACUAGCGCUGGGGCGCUGAGCUCCCUGCCCGACAGCUAUGCUAACCUGCCGCAGGGUUACCCUGCUCCGCCCUCUGCCCGGGAGGCCCCCCGUGACCGCCACGGGGACAGCAGGGAUCGCCACGGGGAUGGCCACUAUCGCCACGGCGAGCGGAGCGACAGGCACGGCGGAGACCGUGACCGGUACGGUGACCGGGAGCGCCACGGAGACCGUGAUCGCUACGGGGACCGAGAGCGUUACGGCAGCGGGCGUUACGGGGACAGCAGGAAUGGGGAGGGCAGCCGCAGGGACAGAGAGGGACGCGGGGACCGGGAUGAAUGGAGAGGUGACAGGGAAGGUGGGGACAGGGUAGGGGGCGAGGGGAGGGGGGACAAGGGGGAAAGGGCCGAGGACAGCUUUGCUGUCCCAGAUCCUCCUAAGCGCAAAAAGACCCGGUGGGAUAACUAAAAACAAAAACAAAGUCCCCUCCAGAACAAACAAACUAUUGUAAAAUGAGCACACACAGUCCAUAGACAUACAGCUGGUCCUUUCCUGUUGUAAUAGCAUACUUGGGUUUGGGGUAGAAAGUCUCAAAACCCCACUCUUUUAUUUUUUCCUUUAAUUUUUUUUUUUACUGUAGUCUUUUGCAGCUGAAAUUGCAUUUAACAGUGCUCAAAUGGGCUGGGAUGAAGUGGCUUUCACUGACGUCCCCUGUGUCCAGGAAGGUGUGUGUGUGUAUAUAUAUAUUUGUUAUAUUUGUUUUUUGAGGGCUUAGAGUGUGUGCAUGCGCCCUUGGCCCUUCUUGUCUCCAUUACGUUUGGCGUAGCUCAAUGGACCAAACCAGGUGACACUAGGGUAGCCAUUGGAUAUAUUUUGAUCAGCACAGGGCCCAUGCUCAGUACAGACUGACCUUAUCAGAGACUGUGAACGUUUCAUUUCGGAAGUGUAUUUUGUGUGGAUACUCUGCAUAUUGUUGAGUGAGUGGGUAAGGGGUGUGGCACAAAUGACUUUUCAGCAAAUAUUCUGUUGCAAGUUUUAGCCUGUGUUGGCUCCGAUGUUCUUCUGUUGUUUAAGUAUUAGAAGGGAGUGUCAAAGAUGUGCAAGACUAAAUUUUUAUAUGUGUGGGUGCAUGUGUGUGAGAGUGAUUAUCAGAUUUCCGAUGGAAAUGUGUUUUUUUUCUGCAUUAUUAUUUCUCUAGCUCCGUGAAUGUUUCCAUUUCAUGUGUAUUCCAGUUCAUCUUUGAGAUUCAGCCCCUCUGUCCUGUCAGACCCUUCAUCUCCGCAGAACCUGUUUCCAGUGUUCUGGCAGGUGUCUGAACUGAGAUUACACAGUCAGGGCCCUCUGUGAAAGUAGAGUCGGGUUUGGGUCACAAUGGAAUGGGAAUGGAGAAUGGCCCGGCUCUUCACUGAUGCCUGUCUGAAUUCAUAUCUGCGAAGCUGGAAUUCAGAACCAUUUUUCUGUCUUCAUCUCAUUUCUGUCGGUAUAAUAAAGUGGUGUGCGUUCCACCCGUAGUCUGCUCAUCCAGUGUUGCGUUUCUUUUUUGUUGAGAAAGGGAGGGGUUGGCUUGGGGGCUGCAAGGUUGUGUACGUGGCACCAUGUUUUGCUGUUUGUUGCUAGCUCUUUAUCAGUCUGCUCACCAAACUUCUGUGGUUCUUGGUGAACCUCGCUUCAUCUGAUAAUCCAAAUAAAUUUUUCCACUCAGCAGUUCCGUUUGCGACGAUCUGCUUUCUGCAAGUUAAAACAGUUCCAGUGGCGUCACUGUUUGGAAGCCAUGGUAGUCCCUGAAAAGUCUGAGGUAAAUGUGAUUGUCUCUCUCUCUCUGUUGCUCUUUCCCCAAC